AUGGUGACGAGUCCGGACAGUAACGUGGCAACACCGGCGGAAUCCGCCAUCGACCGUAACGACGAACCUCCGCCGGUUACUAUGGAUACGACCAACACCACCACGGCAACGACUACUACGACGGUAACGACGACAGUGCCUGCGUGUGAGGUUGCCGCUACCAGCGAUACCACUGAGCAGCCCCGGCGGAAGUUGGGUGGAUUUGAGUUCUACGAGCAGAUCCUUGGAGCACCACGGUACGUCGUGGCACCGAUGGUGGACGCGAGUGAGCUGGCUUGGCGGUUGUUAAGCCGCCGGCACGGUGCCCAGCUGUGCUACUCGCCCAUGUUCCACAGCAGCUGCUUCACGAAGGAUCCCAAGUACCGGAAGGACUCGCUGCAAACCUGCCCGGAGGAUCGACCGCUCAUCAUCCAGUUCUGCGGCAACGACCCGAAGGUGAUGCUGGAGGCGGCCCUGCUCGCGCAGGAUCACUGCGACGCGAUCGAUAUCAACCUCGGGUGUCCGCAGGCCAUUGCCAAGCGCGGCCACUACGGAGCCUUCCUGCAGGACGAAUGGGAACUGCUGCGAGAGAUAGUGAGCACCCUGCACCGAAAUCUGGCCAUCCCGGUCACGUGCAAGAUACGCAUCUUCGAGGAUAUGGGCAAAACGAUUCGAUACGCCCGAAUGCUGCAGGAUGCCGGCGCCCAGAUACUGACCGUUCACGGGCGAACGCGCGAACAAAAGGGCCCACUGACGGGUAUGGCCGACUGGAAGUACGUGAGCGUUCUGCGGCAGCAGCUGAGCAUACCGAUUUUCUCGAACGGUAACAUUAUGUCGGUGCAUGACGUCGAGCGGUGCAUCGCGGAAACGGGUGUGAACGGGGUGAUGACGGCCGAGGGCAACCUACACAAUCCGGCCCUUUUCGAGGGUGUGAAUCCGAUCUCGUGGAACUUGGCGCACGAAUAUCUGGACCUGGUCGAGCAGUAUCCGGCACCGAUUUCCUACAUACGUGGUCAUCUGUUCAAGCUGUUUCAUCACCUGAUGCACCUCAAGUCAAAUGCAACUCUGCGGGAGAAGCUCGCCGGGAGUCAUUCGGUGGCCGAAUUCCGCUCGGUUGUCGUACAGCUGGAACAGAAAUAUCAACCCUUCCACGAGGGCAAACAACAGUGGACGGGCGAAGACGAAAACGAACCACAAGAAGAAGCGCCCGAUGGCGAUGAGAGCCGAGAUCAAAACAUGCGCCUUCCGCCGUGGCUCUGCCAACCGAACAUCCGCGCACCACCGGAAGUCCACCGACAAAAGCUAGCCGAAGCGCUCCGGUUGGCCGAUGAUCCGACUCGCGAAAAGCGCCAAUUUUUCGACGUCCACGGGAAUGAAAUUUCACGCAAGCGAAUGAAAAAGAUGCGCCGUGUGCAACGGCGACCAAAGAACCGAAACAGAGCUCAACGGAACCGCACGGUAACGCCCGGUCAGGAUAACGAAAGUGACGACGCGGAAGAGGAUGAUGAACAGCAGCAACGGGGGAUUGAGGACGGCACGGUGACACCCGAUCGUAUGGUCAUCCGAAUGGAUCUGUCCAUCGCUGAAACGAACGGACGCCGCCGGCGGUUCGAUGAGCUGUGCAACAACACGUCCCCGGACUGUACGAACCCGAUGGGAUCGAAAUGUGAACACCGGCUGUGUCGGACGUGCUGCAAGAACAAGUGCUACCGAGAGAACCGUGACUGUCCCGGGCACAAGAUUCGCAUCAAAUCACGCCGUGAAAAGGCGAUCGCUCUGACACUGGCCGAGCAGCAGCAACAACAACAACGUGCCGCUGAAGAGACCGCCACAGGACAGAUGGUGAUGGAGCAGAGUUGAUUUGCGGGCGCGUACGUUCGUCACACGGACCACGGAAGGUAAAAUAUCAGGGCGAUGGAAUGGCUACAGAAUUUAACAAAACCGAAUAAAUAACGCUCCUAGACGUGCUUGGGAAUCAGCACGUCUAAAAAGAGCG